UUUUUAAAAAAAAUUAACAUACACCAUUUAACUCAAUAGACCAUGAAUUUGUUCAUAAGCUACUCUCGCGAAGAAAGCACCCUUAUUAUCCUGAACUCAUGGUUGGGUCUGCCACCAGUGCCGCCGAAUCAGCGAAAAGAUCUCGAUAGAAUUUAGCUGAUUACCUUUAAAUUAGGAAACCAGGUAAAACUUGUAGCAACUGAAGCACUUGCAGGCGCGCUUUCCUCACCACUCUUCCGUCUUCCCUGCAUGCAACGAAGAACGAACCAACAAAAGGAAGCUCCCCACCCCCGCCUCGGUGGUGCCGCCAUCAGUCCAUCACACAUCCCCGUCCCCUCCCGUUUCCCUUUCGCUCCGCUCCCCCUCGCUCGGUCACUCCUCACUCCUCAGUCCUCACUAACAAUCCGCACCAGGACUCAUCAGGGCCGCGCGCGCGCGCCGGCAGCGAUGCGGUGGGACGCAGCCGAGGCCGAGGCGGCCCUCGAGCGGAUCUGGGACCUCCACGACCGCCUCAGCGAUGCCAUCCUCGCCGUCUCCCGCGCGCACCUCCUCCUGCCCGCUCCCCCGCCCCCUCCCGUGCCGUCCGCGCCCUCCGCCAAAGGGGCCCACCGCAUCGGCGUCGGUAGGAACGGGUGCGUCUUCGUCAAGGACGGCGCCGCCGGCGGCGGAGGUGAGGCGCUGGCCGCCGCCGCGGAGGCCCUGGCCGAGGCCAGGAGCCUGCACGCCAUUCGCUCCGCGCUCGAGGACGUCGAGGACCACCUCGAGUUUUUACACACUGUUCAAUCACAACAGCGGGCUGAGCGAGAUGCUGCAAUUGCUAGACUGGAGCAAAGCCGUCUAGUCCUUGCUAUGAGGUUAGCAGAACAUCGAGGAAAGAAGUAUAAAGUAAUCGAUGAGGCCUUGGCAUUUGUUGGUGAAGUGAGUGACAAGAGUCAAUUUAUCUCACCUGAGGAUGUUCGUGCUACCCAUAGCCGAUCAGAGGAUAACGCAGAUGACAACAGGGGCAGUGGUUCAAGGAUAAUGUCAAACGUGUUAUCUUGCAGUUUAUCAUUAGCCAAGAAUUCAUUUCGACUGGACAAGAUCGGGGGCACUCUCGGUAACGCUGCAGUGUUUGCAGAAGAGAAUCGAGUACAAUCUUCAAUCAGGGAGCUCACAACCGAAUGGGAAAGGAAAACUUCUGGAGGUUUACCUAGCCAGAGGCUGAAGAAUUAUUAAGCUCACGCUGUUGGCUGUACAGAAAGUUUUGACCAAAGCUCAGUUUUGUUGGUUUUGUUAGGGCACUGAUCAUUCUUUACAACGGACUGGACCCUGUUCCAGGCAAAAGGCAACCAUGGAACUGUCUGUCCGGUUCUUUUUGGAUGGAUUUGAAGGAUACCACUUAUUCUAUCUCAAAUUGUAAAUGGUUUUGUGCUUAGAGAUGCAUUGUUUGCAAACCGCGUUCAAGCUAACUUGAACUGCCGUUUUCGUACUGCCUACUUUCUUGCCGUGCUCUUGAGGAGGUGUGGUAAGGUUCAUCGCUUGUGUGGCAAGUUUCGGGAUUGUUGGGGCUACAGUAUGAUCACAUGACAUGCUUUGAGUUGUGAGUACUGACGUUAUUUGCUUUCUUCUGCCUCGUGCUUGAUGAUGCAUCGCUGCUUUGCUUUGUU